UCAAAUGAGAUUGUCAGGAAAAUUGAUGAUGGGCAAUGUUGUCAAAUUAAAUUGGAAUACAUAGUUACUCCAUAAAAUUUUUCCCACCAACUCCAGAAGUCAAUUUAGACUAAAUCUGUAGCCAACCUUAACCCUAAUUAAAUCAACAAAACAACAAUAGUUAUUCACUGUUGAUAUUGUUUAACCCAAAAUUUAAUCAACUUCAAAAUGUGGACUUACCUCGAUGUCCACCUUUACCUUACUUUACCCAUUAUAGCGUUGGAAUACUCGCUUCUCCGACCCUUUCUCAAUGUCCACGAAUUCAUCAAGAUAGCCUUUAUUUGUUCCAAUGCCAUGAUUUACACAGUUCCUUGGGACAAUUACAUCGUUUACAAUGAAGCCUGGUCUUAUCCAAUUGAUCGGGUUCUCGGUGUAAUUGGUUGGGUUCCAUACGAAGAGUAUGCCUUUUUCAUUAUACAAACAGUUUUAACGUCUUUCUGGACAAUCCUAUGGAUGAGAUGGUCAAUCCCUUGUUUACAUUUAAAUUUCAAUCGGUUUACAUUUAAUUGCGCUCGUUGGUUGCCCAUGAUUGCUUUAAUAAGUCUAACUUAUCUAGGCUUUAAUCUUGGUACACCAGGAAGCAAAACAUUUUACAUGGGUGCUUUACUUUGGUGGAUUUGUCCGGUAAUUUGUUUCCUCUGGUUUGGUGCUGGCAAUUAUUUCCUGUCUCAAUGGAAAUUUUCUUUGACCAGUUUUAUUGUCCCAUCAAUUUACCUCUGUUGGGUUGACACAUUUUCACUGAGACAAGGUAUAUGGCAUAUCAAUGAGGCAACAAGCCUGGAAUGGUUUGUUGUUCCUGAUUUACCCAUUGAAGAGGCUACAUUUUUCACUGUAGUCAAUUUAUUGAUUGUCUUGGCCAAUUGUGCCUUUGACAAGUCCAAGUGUCUUCUUGAUUUGUAUCCCGAUCUGUUUCCAGUCAGUCCAUCGUUAACAAUCAAUAGUUUACCCAAUUAUUUCAAGCAAACCUUCCUUGCCUUCAUUGCCAGUGAACCAGAUUUACCCAAGCAACGUUUAGAUGACUUCAAAGUUUGCCUCAAUGUUUUGUCUCGAUCAUCUAAAUCGUUUACUGCAGCCGCUUCAACAUUUCAUUCAGGAAUUAGGAUCGACUUGAGCAUUUUGUAUGGAUAUGCUAGGGUAACAGAUGACAUGAUUGACAACCAACAGGGAACUCAGGCUCGUCAGGAAAAGCUAUCAAUAAUAAACAAAUUUUUGGAUCAAUUAUUUGCUUCAAGGCCAAAAAAUAAAUGGACUUACGAUGUACCAACCAAAAUGGAUCCAACAGAAAAGGUUACCAUAAAUUGGAAUGAAUUUGAACAUCUUUUAUCGGAUGAAGAAUUGGCAGCAUUCCGUUCACUGACGCAUAUCGUUUAUUAUCUUCCGUCUGAACCAUUUUACGAGCUUUCCAGAGGCUAUGCAUGGGAUAUUGAGGGUAAAAAAGUCGAAACAGAAGCCGAUUUACUAGAAUACUCAUCAUAUGUGGCUUCUUCCAUUGGAAUCCUAUGUACCUUUGUAAUGUGCUACAAAAGUGGCAAGUUUCCUAAUGGAGUAACCAAAGAGCACAUUUCAAUGAUUGAAAGGGCUAAAGAAAUGGGCCAGGUAUUACAGAUUGUAAACAUUGCCCGUGAUAUUGUUACUGAUAGUCAAACACUGGGUCGUUGUUAUGUUCCUUCUAAUUACAUGGAUUCACCGGAAAAAGAACUGAAGUUACUUAAAGAUGAUAGGAAUCCUUGGGCCUUAGGUGAGGAUAAAUUGAAAAGAUAUGCUCUUCAAAUGCUCAAUUUAGCUGACGAUUAUGCUCGAACUGCUUUAAAUGGUAUUGCUCUAUUACCUAGUGAGGUUCAAGCUCCUGUUCUGGUGACAACAGAAAUUUAUCGAAUGAUUGGUGUUCAAAUAGCAUCUCAAUCAGGUUAUUUGGAGAGAGUUUAUGUUUCCAAAGUGAAAAAGCUAAUGAUUGCCUUAACUUGUAUGUAUGCAAAAUUUAUUCGUAUUCAAAAGAAAUUUAGUUUCCAUGAAAAAUCAAAUUGAAUUAAGUUCACCUGACAAUCAUCAAAUAGUUUUAGCAUAAUGGGAUGACAAGCCAUUACAUAAUGUAGAUGUUUUUUAGCAUUAGUUAACAUGAGCACAUUGAAAUUGUUAGUUUUGAAAUAUUUAUAUUGUUGCUCAUUUUAAAUUGUAAAAUUGUGUAUCUAUUUUAUCCUAAUUGACAGCCAAUUAGAUUGUGCCAAUAAAUUUCAUUAUAUUUGUUAAUAAAGUAAAUUAAAGAGCCAGUUUUUAACUUUUCUGGUUGA